AUGAACAAGAUGUUCCUCCGCCAGAUUCUCAUUCGAAUCGUCAUCGCUGCCGCGUUGUUAAAGAUCUUCAGUAUCUUCAGGCGCCAACAUGCCUUCCAAGCCUACAUCGAGCGCCGCAAGAUCACCUUCGACGAUUUCCCUGAGCCCUACGCUAAGGCUCUGAACGAUACCGUAGCGCGCAACGAGCAACCUCUGGAGUCAGACUAUACAUCUACCUACACCGGAUCUAAGAUCCCGCGCACGAUACAUUACAUAUGGUUUGAGAGAAUCUACCCAAAUCAUGAAGGCUCUAGCGGAGGCCCUUCUAUUGGAUUCGGGUCGCCGAAACUCUGUCGAGAGCACAACCCCAGCUACGAAAUCCGCAUGUGGAAUGCAGAGAGCGCUCGCGAGUUCCUGUCCAACGAGUAUGCUUGGUUUCUACCGACAUACGAUGGUUACCGAUACCCUGUCAGUACUCUACAAGUAUCACUGCAACUGGAACGUAUGCUGACUUUGUCUGCCCACGUUCAGAUCCAAAAGGUUGACGCCUUGAAGUACUUCGCCCUCUACCACUUCGGUGGCGUCUACAUGGACCUAGACGUCGCGUGCCGACGCUCACUAGAUCCCUUAUUGGACUUCCCAGCCUGGUUCCCAGAAGCAUCACCACUGGGCGUCAACAACGACUUGAUGGCAUCAGCGGCGAAGCAUCCAGUCGUCAAGAAGAUGACGGAAGGCCUUGUUACACACAACUGGAAUCUACUUUUCCCGUACCUCACAAUCUUCUGGACAACUGGACCGCAGUUCACGAGCACAAUCUUGCAGGAAUGGUUUGAGGAGUGUCCUAAUGGGCAAUGUAAACAGUGGAAGGCACGGAAUGAUCUUGGUAAGUCAGCCAUUCUUGUCUUGUGA